AUGUUUCCUGGCGGAGAAGUUGUCGGAGUCACAAGAACGCUGUCAAUGGGAAGCGAAAUGGCAGAGCACCUCCAGGGCACUACAACCGAUGAGCAACGGCCAUUCUGGCGACAUGCAAACAUCACGGCAGAGCUCCAUACGACCCGUUACGGAUGGCAGAUUGACGAUGCCUUCAAUGUAGUCAUUGAUUGCGUUUCAGCGGAGAAGCACAACUUUCGGCAUUGGGUGGGCGAGGUUGAGCUGGUCAAGACUGUGGAGUCGUCAAGUGAGGAGGGUCUGCUGGAGGCCAAGCGGAUGGCGGCGGCGAGGAUGGAUGAAGAAAUUCAGGAGUUCAUGGAGCGCUAUAGCUGGGCUUUCUCGGCGGACAAGCCUGUCGGCAAGCUUUCCGCCUUUCUUGCGCUGAAGAGGUUGAGGAAGGCAUAG